GCUGUGUUUAUCUGAGGCUCUGCUGCUCUGCCCUAAGUUGUGGCCCCCUGCUUAGCUCCGAACUAGAGGAGCAGCGCCCUGAGCAGGACAAGCGCUCUGGUGACCAUGGCCAAGAAAAGGAUUGCUGUAAUUGGAUCAGGAGCGAGCGGACUCACCUGCAUCAAGUGCUGCCUGGAAGAGGGCUUGGAACCUGUCUGCUUUGAAAGGUCUGGUGACAUCGGAGGACUCUGGAGGUUCCAGGAAACCCCUGAGGAAGGAAGGGCCAGUAUUUACCAGUCCGUGGUCAUCAACACCUCCAAGGAAAUGAUGUGUUUCAGUGACUACCCCAUCCCAGAUCAUUACCCUAACUUCAUGCACAACUCCCAGGUCCUAGAGUAUUUCAGGAUGUAUGCCAAAGAAUUUGACCUUCUCAAAUAUAUCCAAUUCAAGACUACAGUGUGCAGCGUGAAGAAGCAACCUGACUUCUCUACUUCAGGCCAAUGGCAGGUGGUCACUGAGCAUGAAGGGAAAAAGCAGGUAGACAUCUUUGAUGGAGUCCUGGUGUGCACAGGUCAUCACACGGAUGCUCACCUGCCCCUGGAAAGCUUUCCUGGAAUUGAAAAGUUCAAAGGAAAGUACUUUCACAGUCGAGACUAUAAGAACCCAGUGGAAUUCACGGGGAAACGGGUCAUUGUAAUCGGCAUUGGGAAUUCUGGAGGGGAUCUGGCUGUAGAGAUCAGCCACACAGCCAAGCAGGUAUUCCUCAGUACCAGGAGAGGAGCUUGGAUCUUGAACCGUGUAGGCAAGCAUGGAUAUCCUAUUGAUAUGAUAUUCUCUUCUCGAAUUAUGUACUAUUUCUCAAAGAUCUGUGGUCCAUCACUAAAAAACAACUUUAUGGAAAAACAGAUGAACCAAAGGUUUGAUCAUGAAAUGUUUGGCCUGAAACCUAAACACAGGGCUCUGAGUCAGCAUCCAACGGUGAAUGAUGACCUGCCCAAUCGUAUCAUUGCUGGCUUGGUGAAGGUGAAAGGAAAUGUGAAGGAAUUCACAGAGACAGCCGCCAUAUUUGAGGAUGGCUCCAGGGAGGAUGGCAUUGAUGUGGUCAUCUUUGCCACAGGAUACAGCUUUGCCUUUCCUUUUCUUGAGGACUCUGUCAAAGUAGUCAAAAACAAGGUGUCCUUGUACAAAAAGGUCUUUCCACCGAACCUGGAAAAACCAACGCUUGCGAUCAUCGGUUUAAUUCAGCCCUUGGGAGCCAUCAUGCCCAUUUCAGAGCUCCAAGGACGCUGGGCCACUCAAGUGUUCAAAGGGCUAAAGACAUUGCCCUCACAAAGUGAAAUGAUGGCAGAAAUAAAUAAGGCUCGAGAGGAAAUGGCAAAAAGGUAUGUGGACAGCCAGCGUCAUACCAUCCAGGGAGACUACAUAGACACCAUGGAAGAGAUUGCAGAUUUAGUGGGUGUCAGGCCCAAUAUCCUGCCUCUGGUCUUCACUGACCCCAAGCUGGCAUUACGGUUACUACUGGGGCCCUGUACUCCAGUCCAGUAUCGCCUACAGGGCCCUGGAAAGUGGGCUGGAGCCCGGAAAACUAUUCUCACCACAGAUGAUCGUGUGCGGAAGCCUCUGAUGACAAGAGUGGUGGAAAGGGACAGCUCUGGGGGGUCACUGGUGACAGUGCGUGUCCUCAUGCUGGCUGUUGCUUUCUUUGCUGUCAUCCUGACUUAUUUUUAGAUGUAGCAGCGCAGUGCUUGAGCUGCCACUGGAAAGUGCCAUCUAGCCACACCUUCAGAACCUGAGGAGACUGAACACAGCUUCAUACUGCACAGUCUCUCUCCUCUCUCCCUCACUUCUUCAUUCUCUUCUCCCUUCCUCCCCCUCUCUCUCUUCCCUCAAUCAUUAAUCCUUCUUGUUUUUCUUUCUGUGAUAUUGGGUUUUCACAAAUUAAUUCAUCUCCUUCCCUCUCUUGAGCCUCUCGUCUCUCCCUCUAGUAAUUCCCAGACCGUGAGCUCAGGCCCCCUUCAUCAUCUUUGUAUGUCAUUAACAGGGUUCUUUUAAUGCUUGACUCUGUUGUGUUUCUAAUACUGCACAGCUAGACCUCGUUGGAUGAUAACCCAUCUUGAAAAGACUGCUUCCAUUAUCAAGCACAUAUUGGCAACACUUGACCUUAUAAGCAGAGCCCACAUAUCUAUUUCAGGAAUUCCCACAGAGGGCAGUCCAGAAAGAAGAACCAGUUAGUGCUGAGGGCUCAGAGUCCAAAAUCAAGGGUGCAGCCAGUGAGGAAUUCCCGGCUUCAUGAUUAAUACAGUGAGGGUACCGCAUGGGCAAAACAGAAAAUAGCUAAGUUCUGGCAUGUGGCACAUGUUGAAUAAAUGCUCGCUGAUGUUUAUGAAAUAAGGUGGCAUCUCUAAGUCAAUCUAAUAAAUGACUGACUCUAUAGAACUCUUAAUGUGAUCCAUUCUCAAUUUUAAUAACAUUAAUUUUAUAAAUUAAUUUUAUAAAUUAACUAAUUAUUAAUUUUAGUAACUGAAUUCACCUGUCUUUCAGGUGGGUGCUGGGGAUUUAAACUCAGGUCUACUUGCCUUCACAGCAAGUGCUCUUAUUCACCAACCAUCUCCCUACCUCCUGCUUUUAUUUUCUUAAAAAAGAAACUACUGAACAUAGUGGCACAUACCUGUAAUUCCAGAACUCGGGAGUUCCCGACAAAGGACUACCACAAGUUCAAGACCAGCCUAGUUUCCAGAGUGAGUUCCGGUCCAGCCAGGUUUGCAUAGCAAGAACUUUGCUCAAACAACAACAAAAUAUACAAACUCAGAAAAGAAAUUGUUCUUCUAGGUUUGAAAGUCUUUUAAAUAAUUUGCCGUCUUCCAAUAGGUUGAUUAAAGAACCUGAGGCUUUUAGUUAGCUAUUCUGGCUUGAUCUUGAAGGGCUAGUGUUAGGAUCCAGCUGAGGCAGUAAGCAAGUGCCAGCACUGGAGGCGGGGUCAGCAAGUCUGAUUAUCCCCUCCCCGUGCCCCGCCCAGCGUUGAGGUGGGGUUGGCAAGUUUGAUUUCCCUCCCCCCCCCCCAGCUCCCUCCUUCCUUCAGAGUCUACAUAAUAAGAAUCAGUGAGCUCUUCCACGUCUUAAGUUAGAACUAGUAUUAGUAUUAACUAGGGGCAUUCUGCCUAGACCAGUUCUUCCUGUGUGCUACAGUGUAGUUCAGAAAGGCAGGAACAGAAUUGAACUGCAGGAUUUAAGAAGCAUUGGCUGUCAGAAGCACUUGAACUCCCUGAGGAUAAUUUGACCCGCUGUAGGAAUGGAAUUAGAAUAACACAAAUACAUGUAAGUAGAUAUGUGAGAAUUCAAACUCCUAAUUAUACACGGAUUUGAACAGCUGCCUAAUAUUUUACCCAGUGUACUCCCUGUGAACUUGAGCACUGAGCCCUGGUCCGGUUUCUGGGGCCCUUUUCCUUCUGCAAUCCUUUAGCAACUGAAUGUUUUUCAUUAUUAAAAUGGGUCUGGGAUUUUUUUUAA